AUGAUGUCGGGGGACGCUUCCAAGCUGCCGAGCCUCCCGUCGUCGCGCGACUCGUCGGGCUUGUCAGGGCGCAGCAGUCGGUCCACGGACAGCAUGCCACUCUCACCACGCUGCUGCAACAACGAGGUCGAGAGCGACGACGAGGCCGACACGCCACUCGGCAACAACGGUGAACUCUACACCGAGAUCGAGACCUUCCUCAACAAGCCUUCGCCGAGGCAAGCCGAUCUGGCGGCCAUUGCGCGCGGGUCGCGCUCGAACGAGAACCUCCUCCCGACGCUCAAGCUCGAGCGCUCCAAGCUGCGCACGGAGAAGCCCGAGGCCAAGCGCGUCGAGUCGAAAGCAGCCGCUUCCAAGAAAGCCCAAAUCGACCUCAACAUGGUGCAGCAGGCCUUUGCCUACGCCAAGAACCUCCAGACCCAGCAGCUCCUGGACGGCGGCGAGGACGGUGACGACCAGCUCCUGAGCGUCAUCCAGCAGCAACUCGCUAAGGCCAAUAUGAGCAAGGCCAACAACACGCUGCGCAGCUCCAAGUCGGCCGAGAAAACGACCAAGGCGCCCAAGAAAAAGCCCAUCAAGGCCAAGUCGGCAAGCGCCAUCUACAACAACACCAAGCCGGAGCGGGUCAAGGCAACGGCUGAGUGGGACAACAACAACGGCGAGGCAAAGUCGUCGUCGUCGUCGAUGGACCCGCAACUCGUGCAGCAGCUAUUGAGCAACUUUGAGAAUGGCACGGCGCUGCAGGAGCUGCGGCAGGAGCUCGCGGCGUCCCAAGCCAGUCUCAAGGAGUCGCGCAAGCUUCUUCUUAAAACAUAA